ACAUGCCACGGCGAGUUGCCACUGGUGAUACCGAAUCGACUCCCUCUUCGAUCUAUCUCAUAACUUUGGUCUCCAAAAAACCACAACCAAUUACACACAGAUUAGGAAGGUACAAGUACUUGAUUCUCAGAAUCGUUCAUUCCAAUCAACAUGCCAACACAAGUCGAAAUCCCUGCACCCAGCACCGCCAUGAUCGAAAGAAGCAGCAGCUUCGAGUCAAGGAUGGCACGACGCGGAGGCUUUACAUUCCAUAGCAACAUCCAAGAGGACUUACCCAUCCCAGCCAUUCUUUGCUAUCUCCAGCCCUCUACAACGUCUAGCUUUGAUGAAAAGAGGCAACUUAUAGCGGCAGUAAUGGAGGCACGAGAAAAAAUUGCAAAGAAGUUUGCCGUCGUGUCCAGAAAGCUGACGUACUCCUUUAUCUACUGUAUGCCGAAGCAUCACAGCUCCAUGGAUAGGAUGCCAAACGAAUUCGUUGCCAAGACAAUCUUCAAGCUUGCGGUACUCUUUGAUGUCUACGAUAGGUACAUGGCGGGCGACGUUGACGAGAAGGUUGAAUCCUACUUUCGAAACAUCAUGGCUGCGGUCGCCGAAGCCAAGCGCGCAGCAAGGCGACACCGAGCGGAGGUGUCAUUUGCCCGUCGUGUGAUGAGUAUGAUUGACAGUCUUCUAGUGGAAGCCUUGACUACCUCACAGCCUUUGAACACGAGUAACGAUUCACACAGCAUCAACUGUGAAAGCUCAGCGGAGGCAAACAAACGUAGGAAGAAGGGGCUCACCCGUUAUCGGGCUCUCGUUGGUUUGGGAGACGCAGGAGUUUCAAAGAAACAACUUGUACAGAUUGUUUCAGAUCUGAUGCGCACAAACCCAGGUAUUUCUUUGGCGCAAGUGUCAUCGGCUUUGGAUGAUGUCCUUGGGAUCAACUGAUGGAUGGGAUAAGCCUGGCUUAGUUUCACGAUUGGUCCGGUGACUGUAAAGAGUUGUAUUGUGCCCUGGUUAUCACGUCUCAUGUAUCUGCGAAGAGUAGCUUAUCACGAUAGACUCUAGAGUUGUAGAAUGCUGCGUUUGGCUGUUCACGCUCAGUUCGCGGCACAUCUAAAGGAAAACAAAGGCAACAAGUCAACUCAAUCAAUCUCUUUAGCCUAACUAAGUUCGAGGGGUUCACUUCCUCCGUGACUUUCCACCUUCGAGAGACAAAGAGCGUGGAAUGUUUCUAAGCAGGGAAAUGAUAUUCUUUGAAAAGUUAAACACAGGGAUUGCUCCCACUGCUGGCGUCGCGAUGCAAUUCAAUCUAUGGCUUUGGAAGGAAGCCUCAAGCUAGAGAGGGUAGCCGCAACAUAGUUAACUUGCACAGCACAGCGUUUCCGAAACACCAGCCGAGCUCGAGAGAGGGCAUAGUAGAAAUAGCAUCCUGCAGUGAAUACCUGCUUGCUCCACGACAGGGCCGGGGCCAGGGAGUUACUAGGCAUAGCCUGGUGGUCUGCAGAUUGAAUCCUUCCUGGGAAUACACCUUCUCCCAUGCUCUGAACCUGCCAAACUUACAAUACCUGUACCUCCCAAUAGGCGAAUGAAUUUGUAUGGCUUGAGACGGACAUGCCUGUUCUCCUUGUCUUGCAUUUUUCGACCAAAGCCACACUG